AGCAUCACAAUACUAAUCAAACACUCAAAAAGUAUAGAGAGUUAAAAAUUAAUGAUGGCUAAUUCAAGAUUUGUAUACUUUGCUUUCCUCACUAUUUCUGUAUUACUUGCAGGUGUUGAAUACAAAGAAAUGGUGAGUGAAGAUUCAAUUUGGUCUUCCAACAAAGGAGGUUCAUUGUGUUGCAAUGAUUAUCCUAAAUUUGGAGUAUGUACUGAUAAUCAAAAAUGCAAUAAGUGGUGUCUUCAAGGUUGCGAUAAUGGAAAAGGUGGCUUUUGCAAGAAAAGAUUUUGUCACUGCUAUUGCUAAAGUUCAUCAAAACUUUACUCUUUUUUUUUCUAGAUAUUCAUCAUGUACUAUUUUUUUUAUAAUAGACAUUUUUUUUAUUUUACUACUUCACAUUUAGAGUUGCUAAUGAUAUUUCAAAUAAUAAGAGUUAUGAAUUGAUCAAUGAAUAGAAAAUGACAAUCUUUGAACUAUCUAUUUAUAAAAAAAGACCGAUUUAUCA